CUCUCAAACUUAUAUAUUUGCAAAUUUAUAUAUACCUUGUGUGGCGCAUCGGUAUACACACUAGUUGUAAUCGAUAUGGCAAGGGCAAUGGGCGAAGAUGCAGACCUCGAAGAUGACCAAUUUGCGAACAUGACCACCGAUGAAAUCAUCAGAGCUUCUUGUGAUCUCGAUAACGAGAUUCGCGUCCUUAAGAAAAACUUGAAGAAGAUGAAUCUGGAAUUGGAAUCGUACGAAGAGAAUAUUAAAUCGAAUCGGGAGAAAAUUAAGCUCAGUAAAGAAUUACCAUACCUCAUUGGUAACAUUGUUGAGAUAUUGGCAUUGAAUCCAGAAGAUGAAGAUGAGCAAGAUGAUGCCAGUACUUAUCUUGACUACCAAAUGAAGAGAUUAUCUGUUGUGCUAAAAACAUCAACCAGAAAGACAAUCUUUCUUCCAGUCGUCGGACUUGUUGACCUCCACAAGCUAAAACCUGGUGAUCUGGUUGCUGUAAACAAAGAUAGUUUCUUAAUCAUGGAAACUCUUCCUCCGGAGUAUAGUUCUAGAGUUAAGGCUAUGGAAGUUGAUGAAAAGCCAACAGAGGACUACAAUGACAUUGGUGGAUUAGAGAAGCAGAUCCAAGAAUUAGUUGAAGCCAUCGUUUUGCCAUUGACUCACAAGGAGCGCUUCCAGAAGAUAGGAAUUCGUCCUCCCAAGGGAGUUCUCUUAUAUGGUCCUCCAGGAACUGGGAAAACUUUGAUGGCCCGUGCUUGUGCAGCACAGACAAAUGCCACUUUUCUGAAGUUAGCAGGUCCUCAACUGAUCCAGACGCUCAUAGGAGCUGGAGCAAAACUUGUUUGUGAUGCAUUUCGACUUGCAAAAGAGAAGUCGCCAUGCAUUAUAUUUAUAGAUGAAAUUGAUGCAAUUGGUACAAAGCGUUUUGACAGUGGAACGAGUGGGGACAGGGAGGUACAAAGAACAAUGUUAGAGUUGCUUAAUCAGCUUGAUGGUUUUAGUACUGAUGACAGUAUUAAGGUGAUAGCAGCAACUAACCGUGCAGAUAUUCUUGAUCCCGCCCUCAUGCGUUCUGGUCGAUUGGACCGUAAGAUUGAGUUUCCACACCCAAAUGAAGAAGGAAGAGCUCGAAUUCUGCAGAUCCAUUCAAGGAAGAUGAACGUUCACCCGGAUGUCAACUUUGAAGAACUAGCUCGGUCCACAGAUGAUUUCAACGGAGCACAACUUAAGGCUGUCUGUGUUGAGGCUGGCAUAUUGGCUCUACGUCGUGAUGCAAUGGAGGUGAACCAUGAGGACUUCAAUGAAGGUAUAAUUCAAGUCCAAGCAAAGAAGAAAGCAAGCUUAAACUAUUAUGUUUAAGCCAGAAUCUCGAACAAGGCAACAUUUCGUUUUCGAGUUUAAAACAAAAAUUUAAAGUAAAUAAUUACCCUACCUCGUUGGUAAAUGGUAACAUUGUUGAGGUAGAUUACUAUUAGUUGCUUCACACGUCUCUUAUGUGCCCUCCCUCCCCUCCAUCUUUGGUCUACCAUUAAAUAUAUGGAAGGCAUUAUUAGGUACCCUUUAAAGUUAAACAUA